AUGUCUUAUAGUUAUGAAUAUGAUCAAUCAGGCCUUGCCUCAAGUUAUCUUGCACUAUCAUUUAUUUUACCAAUUACUAUUUAUUUUUCAUGCAAAAUGCUAUUUAAAAAGAAAAUUUCUCGCAUAAAUUGCAAAUGUGAAAACUGUAGAAAACUUUCUUCAGAUAAAAGUUUUAUGGGAAAGUUCCUUAUUUUUAGUUUGUGGAUUAUUGUAUCGAUUUUAUUAAAAAAUGUUUUUAUUAUUAAAAUGGAAAUAAAAAAAGACUUUGAUCCUUUAGAAAUUUUAGGAAUAGAUCUUAACACGCCUGUUAAGGUAACUAAGAAAAAAAUGGUAAAAUUAAUGUUAAAAUAUGAUGUACAUAAAGCACCAGAAGAUAAAAAAGCAGAAUAUGAAAAAAAACUUAUGGAUAUUAGUAAAGCAUUUGGGAUUGUAAAAGAUAAAAAAAAAUUUGCUUCGUGGCUUAACAAUGAAUCUAAAAGUGGAGAAAUUAUGGCUAUACCAGAUGUUAUAAUGAAAAACGCCACACUGGCUUUCAUUAUUUAUUGUAUUGUACUGGGAAUGUGUUUACCAAAUUUUGCUUACAGAAAAUGGAAAAAUUUAAAAACUAAAAAUUCUUUAGGAAUUCAAUUUGAUACAAUGGAAUGCUUUAUUAAUUUUAUUAAUAACGAUUUUAGAAAGAAAUGUAGUAUAAAAAAUUUAAUCACAUUACUGUCAAAAUCUAAAGAACUUUCUACAAAAAAUUUUAGUAGUGAUAUAUCAGGUAUUAAAUCUAAAGUAGAAUACAAUUUUGGAUAUCCAUUACCAGAUCUUAAAAAUGUCAAUACGGGAUUUUAUAUCUUAUGUGACAAUCUUUUUAGAUUAAAUCUUUGUAAUAAGAAAGAUGUACAAUAUGUUACAGAAUCAAGUUUAUUGAUUAUAGAAGGAAUGAAAUGUGUGGCUGUAGCGAAAGGAUAUGUAGAAAUUUACAAGAAAUUAUUUACUUUACAGGCAAUGAUAACACAGGGGGUAUUUGAUGAAGACUAUUAUAUGUUACAGUACCCUCACAUUAAGUUUAAUGAUUUAUUUUUACUAAAAUUUAGUGAACAGAAAAUAGAAGUAGAAGAAAUUUUGAAUAAAUUACUGCAAGGAAGAGAAUUAAAAGAUGCUCUUUUAGUUCAUAAAAAUAUUCUUAAAAUUAAUAUUAAAGAAUUUGUUGCAGUAAUUAAAAACACAGGAAAAAUUAAUGAGGAAGCAUCAGAUGUAGAUGAUGAAGUUAAUGAAGAUUUAAUGCUAAAUACAGAAAAGUUCAAAAAUAUAAAUACUUUUAAAAUUGCUAAAAAUAGUCUUGUAACUAUUCGUGUAAAAUUAGAAGUUUUGAAUAAGUUUAAGAAUGUGAAAGCUGUUCACACUUGUAAUAUUUUAAAGACAAUUUUACCUUCAUGGACUGUUUUUAUUACAGUGGAUAAUCAAAUACACAAAGAAAUUGUUACAUUUAAUGCUAAUGAUACCAAUGAUAUUACAUUUACGUUUGAUGCACCUGUUAAUAAAAACAGUAAUGAAAUAAAAUUACAUGUUAUGAAUGGAAAUUAUCUUAAACAAAAUUUAGAAGAAACUAUUAUACUAAGAUAUUUUUAA